UUAUUAAAGCUGCACAGGACGGAAAGAUCGAAGACGUAAAAUUAUCUUUACAAAAUGGAGCCGACAUUGAAUAUAAAACUGUUAAAGGAACAACUGCAUGUAUGUGGGCGUCAUGGUAUGGACACUUGGAGGUGAUCCGACAUUUACUUGACCACGGAAGUAACAUAGAUACACAAAAUAUAAAUGGAUUUUCAGCAUUACUGUUAGCUGCAUUAUCAGGACACUUGGAGGUUGUACAACUAUUAAUUGAAAGAAAAUGUAAUAAAGAGGCCACAAAUAUUACUGGUAAUUCAGCGUUACAUUUUUCUGCUUGGACGGGAGAUCUACCAAUGACCAAAUGGUUGAUAGAACAUGAAGGAAUGAAUCCCUCGAUUAAGACAACAAGGGGUGAAACACCAUAUGAUUUAGCAGGGAAUCACGGGUAUCGUGAAGUGAUGGAGUAUUUACAGACAGUAAUGCCAACACUGGCUGAAGAUAUCAACCCAACACCAUCAAGACAGUUGCAAUCCACGCCAAAAGUUGAAGAUGACAAAGUUCCGAUUGAAAUCAAAUUGAUGUCCGACAAAAAAUCUGUUCCUUUGUACCUCAAAUUACUAGAGCAUGGCUCUGAGAGAAAGAGGGAUAUUCGAUUAGUCAUUGUCGGAAAGAAGGGAGCCGGGAAAACUUCAUUACUUAAACGAUUGUUUGGAGAAGAAAUACACAACAGAGAGUUGACCAGUACAAAUGGGAUCGAAAUUCAUAGAAUAAGAUGUAAAGCAAAUUAUGAUGAUGGUGAAUGGUAUAAAUUAUACGGCAACAAUGAAGAAACUCAACGUCAUGCAAGACUGUUAAAACCGUAUGAGGAAACACUGAUUAACCAGCGUAAACGACCAAUGGAAGCAUCAGUAGAAGCAACAGCCAAAAAUGUUAGGAAGAACUCAUCAGAAACUAUUUUAUAUAUGAGGGAAUCACAGGAAUCAGAAGCAGCCUCUCUGCGGUCUGAAAAAUAUACAGAUCAUGUGACUACUAAUAUUCCGGUUGUUCAUCCUCUAUGCAUUGAACAUCAGCCAUCUCAACUGUUGAUAGAACAAGCAUAUAGAGAUAUUGAAGCCAUGCUUCAAUCUGAAGUUGAUCUACACGAUAAAGAGAAGUAUGCCACAUUACUGCUAUGGGAUUUUGCAGGUGACGAAGAAUUUUACCACACACAUCAAACCUUUUUGUCUCCAGAUGCCAUUUAUCUUGUAGUCGCAAAACUCAAUGAGGCUGACGACAAAAGCGCACAAGAUUUAUUUCGAUUUUGGAUGGAUUCAAUACAUUGUUAUACUAGAAUGGAUGAGAUGAAAAAUGAAAAUGAGGACAAGACGAGAAUAAGAGAUUAUUUUGAUCCACCGGUGGUUAUUGUUGGUACUUGGAAAGAUUCUGUGACAUCAGAGACAGAAGAGAUUGAAGAUGCAUGUAGAGAAAAACUGUUAUGGUAUACAGAUAGCAUGGCAGAUGAUGAGCGCGGACAUAUCAGAGAUACAAUUUUUCUUUCUAAUACAAAAGAUGAUGACAGUGUAUAUCAGCAAAUACGACAAUACAUCUUAAAGUUAUCCAAAACAAAUAGAACAUGGAAUACAGAAUAUCCGUUAAAAUUUAUUCAGCUGGAAAAACGUCUUCAAGAGAAGAAGAAGGAGUUACCAAUUAUAACUUUUCAGGAACUGAGGCAUAUCGCUACUGAAGUAUCAGAGCCUUUGCGAGAUGAAGAACUUAUUUUGUAUUUGAAAUUUCAUCAUGAAAUUAGAGCUGUGGUUUAUUUUGAAGAUCUUCCGGAUUAUAUUAUUUUAGAUACACAAUGGCUGUCUGAUGCCUUCAAAUGUAUAGUUACAGCAAAGAAAUUUCGAGCUAUUAGCAUCAAGAAUCAACAACACUGGAAAGAAUUCUAUCAUAAAGGAAAGUUGCAUAAGGAAGUUUUAGAGGAUAUUUUCCAAAAAGAAGAAAAUAUUUUGUACAAACACAAGGAACAUAUCCUGAACGUUAUGGAAAAAUUCGAUAUAAUAAUACGACCAAUAACAUCAGAGAGGAAUGCUGCCACAGACACAUCUUGCUAUUAUGUACCUUGUAUAAUUAAAGCCGAACCUGAGUGUGACAUAUACAAGAUGUUUAAUGUGACAGAAGAUAACUGUCAAAAGUCCUCUUGGUUAUGUUUCAAGUUUAGAUUUUUGCCACCACAUUUAAUGAAUCAUGUGAUUGCUUCACUGUGCAGGAAGUAUGAAGUUGCAGAAGUGGGUGUCGUUCAACAACAUGAAAGACAAAAUACCCCCAAACGGGUUAUUGCUCUAUUCAGAGGGACCGCUGUCUUUGAAUUAAAGAAAACAACAAAACUAAGUAAAUUACUUAUAAUGACAUGUCCAAAUCUUAUUCUGGUACAAGUUUUAGAAUUUGGGAAAAGUACUAAUAUAGAAAGGGGUAUGUACAAGUAUAUUGCCGACUUUGUCACAGAUGAAAUGAACAAGAUUAUUGGUACAAGAUUCAAGAUGACAAAUGUUAGAUUUGAGAAAAAAUGGGAGUGUGGCCUUGUAAAACCACAAUCUGUUAUUGGAGCAAAUAGUUUUACUGAAGAACAUAUUACAGAGUAUUACUGUGAGACAUGUGCAAAUACCCAUGUUGUUAAAGAUGAGUGGGCAAACCUACAAAGUAAAACAUUAUGCUUGUUUCAGAGUUCUGAAGAAACUCCCAAAAGAAAUGACAAAUCAGAAACUACCAGUAGAAACCAAACAAUUUCAACUAAGGUGCGCUGCUUUUUCAAAGGUGGUACACAAACAUGUUCAAAUGUAUCUGAAGAGUCAACUAGACCUGGCAGAUUGAGAGGGUUCACCAAGGAGGAGUUUUACUUUGCCAAAAUGGGGAUGAUUGUGCUGAAUAUUCUUACUGAUGUUUUAUAUGAUCUAAUAAAACAAGACAAACAAAAUGUACGCCUUAGAAGCGAUUGUGAUAUAACAUCCUUGUACAGUGGGCUCAGGAAGCUUAAUAAACAUAUUCCAAGUUCUGGAUGGGGAGGCACAUGGCAAACUAUUCAGUCGACAGACAUAGUUAUUGGCGAUGACAUUGAGCGUAUACGACUUACAAGAAAUGAAAUACUCCAUUCUGAGACAUUUAAAGUUGACGAAAAACGCUUUAAUGACUUACGUAAAAUACAAAUUGAACUUUUAACACGGUUUGAUGAACAUAACAAACCUGCCAGGCUGUAUAUAGAUCACUUUAACGAAAUCGUUGCCAAAACUUUUUCUGAAGAGGAGGUGAAACUUGUUCAAAAUGAAAUCAAAUCAGAAAUGACUAUUGAAGUUGAAAUUGAAAACCAAGUGAAUGUCGCACCACAAUAGAGAAAAAAAUAUUGACUGAAAUAUUUCAUAAUUGACAGUGAUUAUAACCAGAAUAUCAGCGUAACUAAUUUGCAAAGGGCAACUCUCAAACUUAUAAAUGACCAUAUUCAUGUUAGAAGAUGAUAUGUCAUGUUCAUGCUACAAAACCACGUUAAGAUACAUGUGAUUGACAAACUGUCAAGUAAUGGAGUUUUAGUUGGAUAUGCUCAAGUUUAUUGGUACAGGACAUUUUUUCUUAAAAUGUCCUGUACCAAGUCAGGAAAAUGGCCAUUGUUAUAUUAUAGUUCGUUUCUGUGUGUGUUGCAUUUUAGUGUUGAGUUUCUGUUGUGUCGUUGUUUUCCUCUUAUAUUUGAUGUGUUUAACUCAGUUUUAGUUUGUAACCCGGAUUUGUUUUUUUCUCAAUCGAUUUAUGAAUUUCGAAUAGCGGUAUACUACUGUUGCCUUUAUUUAAAAGUAGAAAGAAUGGCAAAAAUGUCGUAAAACAGUUGAUUGAUAUGUUUAUAUAUUAAGUCAAAGUUGAACUGAAAUUUAAAUAUUGAUUUAAAGUUUGAAGUUAAAAUAUUGAAUCAUUUUUUAUAAAAUGGAAAUUGAAAUAUUGGACCAAAGAUUAAAUAUUAAUUUAUAAUUAAGAAUGACGCUAAAUUUUUUCCGUCGUACCUUUCAAACGCUAAACAAAUUUUACUGAAUUUUCAAACAAUGCUUAAUUUAAAGAAAAAUUCUUAAUGCUGUGACUUAAGGUUUAGAUGUGUGUAUUUGUAAAAUACUAUUAAAUAAUUUUAUACAAAUCAAAAAACAAUUUAAACACAUUAAAAAACGCAUUUCUUCUUGUUUAAAUGUUAAGAAAAUGUUAACAAAAAGUUCAAAAAUAACAUAUUUAAGUUAUGUUCAUAUUGUCAAAACAUCAUUUAAAUGUUAAAAGUAUAUGAACAUGGUUUUCCCGUUUGAAUGGUUUUACACUAGUAAUUUUAGGGGCCCGUUAUAGCUUGCUGUUCGGUGUGAGUGUUGAAGACCGUACUUUGACCUAUAAUGGUUUACUUUUAUAAAUUUUGACUUGAACGGAGAGUUGUCUCAUUGCCACUCAUACCACAUCUUCUUAUAUCUAUAUAAAAUGAUUUUCGAAUGUUUAAAACCAAUGCUCUGAAAACAUUUCUGCAAUGUCAAGAAAACAGCUGAAAUCCUUAACUCUAUUUAGCAAAACCGUUCGGAAUUUUUGGGUCCUCAUUGUUCUUCCACUUCGUACUUUAUUAGGCAUAUUAAAUAUUUUGAUUCGAGCGUCACUAAUUAGUCUUAUGUAGACAAAACGCAUGUCUGGCGAACAAAAUUGUAAUUCUUGUGUCUAUGAUAAGUUCACUAACAUAUAGUCAGCAUUUCAUGUUACAUUUGUAUAUUGUUGAAGACUUAUAAUCUAAAUAUCUAUAUGUGUAUCAUCAUGUUGAAUCUCAUGGCUAUGUACCUAAUAUUUCCCUUAUUAAAAACAAUAUUUUCAUGUAGAAUUUGAAAUUUUGUAAAUGUCUAGUUUUCCUUUGAAAUUAAAACAAUUGAUACUAAA